AUGGAGUCUACGUUCCUCCUGCUGCUGUUGGUUUCCAGCAGCGUGUGCGCUGGGAAUUACAGCUACCUGGGGACGGGGGCCAGCCUGGCGGUCUGUCAACCCGACACCUGCGCCCUGCUCAGCGAGGUGGCCGCCAUGCGGGAGAAGCUGACAGCUGCGGCACAGGCGCAGGGCAAGCUGGAGGAAAGCCUCAGCGCCGUGAUGCAGAGGAUGACCACAAUGGAGGCCAGCUUGUCGUCGUUCAGACGCCAGGCUGAGCAGCUCCAGACGGUGAACAAGGCUCAGGAGGAGCAGCUGCAGAGCCUGACAAACGCGGUCGCCGUAGCGUCGUCUAACGUGGCUUUCUCCGCGGCACUGGGAAACUCAAUGGGUCCGUUCGAGCAAGACACGCCGCUGAGAUACCAAAGAAUCCUCUCCAACAUUGGCAACGGCUACAACCCCGCCACCGGCAUCUUCACUGCCAUGGUGAGAGGGGUCUACUACUUCAGCUACACCAUGUACAACAACAACGUAGGUCAGUCCAACUCCAUGGUAUCGCUGAUAAAGAACAGCCAGAGGGUGGUGUCGACCUGGGGGACAGUAGGCAACGAGACCCAUGACAGCGCCACCAACGCAGCGGUGGUGCAGCUGGAGGCCGGAGACAGCGUGUUUGUGCAGCUCUACGCCACGCGGAUCAUCUACGACAACAGCUAUUACUACAACACCUUCAGCGGGUUUCUGCUCUUUACUUUGUGAACUGCGUCUGUAUCAGACAAUUAGUAACAUCUGUAGCAGCAUAACUGGUUAAUUAGUCUUAUGAUAUCUGUACAUACAAUCCUUGAAUGUUCUUGACAGUGAAUGAAAGAAAUGCGUAUUUAUCUGUAUAACUUACCAAUGAGAUUGGGU